UUGAAAGCGAAGCUUACGAUUCUCAUACUUCAAAUUCUUAACACUUCAGUUAUUGUGCAUAUCAAUAGGGACUUCAGAGCACUACUUAAGAGUCUUCCGUCCUUUGAUGGGGCUCGCUUGGCGUUCAGGCAACUCCCUAGCGAGAUAGACGCUUAUGCUCCGAACUUCUCCUCAUCAGUUAUCGGGUACGAAGUUCUGCCUCCACCAGAUAUUGAAAAAAUCUUUGGACUCACAGGAGGAAAUAUCUUUCACGGAUCAAUGUCGUUAGAUCAGUUGUACUUCACUCGUCCAGUCUCUCGAUAUAGCAACUAUACAACUCCAAUAAAAGGCCUAUAUCUUUGCGGAAGUGGUGCUCAUCCUGGAGGAGGUGUGACUGGUGCACCUGGAAGAUUGGCAGCGUUAAUAGCUAUGCAGGAUUGAAA